GCAGAACCGCCGACAGUUGGAAGUCGCCGGGCUGGAGGGCCUCAGGCACCGCGGACUUUUCUUUUCGGUGAGAGAGGUAAAAAGGCGCUCUCCGAGGCGCGGUGGAGGAGGGGCGAGAAGCCGCCCCCCGCUUCGGGGAGAAGUGCUGGGGUGGGAGCGCCCUGCGGACCCCCGGAGCGCGAGCCCGGCUGCUGCUGGUCUGUUGGAGUUCUUCAUUGAUAGCUUCUGCUACAUUUGGCUGUAUGGAAAAUGGCAUCAAAUGAUAACCAGGAUGCUAAUGAAUUAUUAGAUUGGAAUAUGACUUCGGGUCAGGUCAAUCAAGAUUUUUUUUUGCCUACUUCAUCUGAUCACACAGAGUCAGUCAUUCCAUUGACAUCCCCUACAUCAAUUGAAUUAUUAGACAUACUUAUGAAAAGAAGUCAGCAAGAAGCAGCAGAAUGGGAAAGCAUUAAUGCAUUGUUAACGAAGAAUGGUUUAAAACCAGUGUUUUUUGCCAAAAAGACACAUGAAAAAAACCCAGGCGAUUUAAUCAUUUUUGACAAACAGUCAUCACAGAGGAUUAGACAGACUUUAAAAAGGUUGGUGGAUGACAGUGCAAGGAAUCAGAAUAUGAUCCAUCAGCUCAUUGAAGCAAAUCAACAGCUCAGAGAUGAACUGCAGCAAGAACAAAUCCAAACUUUGCAGGAAGAAAAACGAGCUAAUGACUUAGAACAAAUUGUGGAUAGCGUGAAAUCCAAAAUCAUUGAACUUGAAGAAGAAUCUGUAGUCAUGGUAUCCCAGCAACAGAAUCAAGUAGAAGAGUUUCAAAAAGAUCAAAAGGCUACACAGGCAAAGUACCAUCAAUGUGAACAAAAAUGGAUGGAGCAACAAAAAACUCUUUCUUGCUUGCAGAAGGAAAUUAACAAAUUACGGAAAGAGGAAGAACUUCGUGUUGCCUCUCAGAAAAGAGUUUUUAAUCGACUUUGCAAACAAGCAACACAGACUGUUGUGGAUAAACAGUUGCUUAUCCUGAUUGAUUAUUAUGAAUCCAAAAUUAGAAAAAUUCAAAAGGAACUAAGGCACUAUAAAGAAGAUACAGAUAUUGAAGAAGGAGGAAAAGGAAACUCUGUAGAUCUGGAUGGUACACCACAUUAUAAAAAACUUCUCAUGUCAUUCCAGAAUCAACUUAGAGACAUUAAAGCCAAGAAUGAUAAACUUUCAUGUGAAAAUCAGAAUCUCCGCAAAGAUUUAGAAAACAGGCCCUCAUCACAUGAAUUAAGAAUUUAUAAACAACAAGUGAAGAAACUGGAGAAAGCACUUAAGAAAAAUAUAAAAUUACAGGAACUCCUCGGGGAAGACAAAUCUGAGGGCUUAGACAACAGAGUUUCUGAGAUGAGCAAAAUAGAAAGCCAGCGCCAUGCCCUGCUUGACCAGAAAUACUUCAAGGUCUUGACCAGUAUCGACUCAAUUAUAAGUAAUCCAAGAGCUCCAAUAGUAAUAUACAAACAGAGCAAGGGAUGCUUUCAGACUUAUAAUAAAGCUAAAAGUCAAGAAUGUGAAUUUGAGCAUCUUCUUCCCACAAUAGAAAUGUGGAGGGACCAGCUAAGAUCUCUAACGGACUUGUAUAGAUCCCUGGAAAAACUAUCUGAGGUAUUGUUGCCUUGGCAUAAUAUGAAACAAUAUGAAAAGAGUGAAGAUGGCAUUAAAGUGGAAGAUCUUCUAUUUAUUGUUGAUACCAUUUUGGAAGAAGUUGAACAUAAGAAAAAGGAUGAUGUGCCAUGCCCUGAAACUUUACAAGCAAUUGUUAAUCACUUUCAAAAGCUAUUUGAUGUAACAUCUGUGUCUGGAAUCUAUCCUCGAAUGAAUGAAGUUUACACCAGGCUUGGAGAAAUGAAUAAUGCUAUGAGAAAUAUCUAUGAGAUUCUAGAACUAGAUAAUUCAUCGUCACUAAGUGUCCUUGUGAAUACAGUUGGAAAAUUGUAUGAAAUAAUUAAUGAAGAUGUGGGCAAACAUGUUCAACAAAUCUUGGGGACCCAGGACAUCCAAAGCAUUAUCAAUAAAUUAGAAGAAUAUGAUGAAUUUUUCCCAGCUUUUCAGGCUUUUAUGCAGGAUCUCCUUCAGAUUUUAGAAGUCAAUAACUUGGAUGCCAUUAUUCCUGAAGUAAAGAAAUUAAAACUAAUUACAAACUGAAGAAAAUGAAACCUUCCUUUUUACUAUGUAAAUUUUAUUUGUAAUAUAGUUCCUUUAUGAUUGGUCUGACAAGGGUUAUAUUUACUUGCAUGAUUCACCUCUUUUUCCCAUCCUGAAUGAACCCUGGUAGCAUGGUCAAUCUUCACUCUUUGCAAAGUUAGUCUAUUUUAGUUGGAUAUUUUUAAUCCAUAUUUACCAAUUCUCUCAGAUUUAUGCAGCAUCAUUUGUGGGAUUGAAUAAUUGGACUCUGAGCGUUCUAAUUUUUCUUUAGCAGUUCUUGGCUUACAACAUUUAUGGAAAGCUGCUUAUGUUUUAGAAAUAGGGGAUAAUGAUGUGUUAAGUAUUGGCAUGGGGGUAUUUGCCUUUUAAGAUUUCCUUUGAGAUUUGAAAUUUAGAACUCUUAGUACCUUUGGCCUAAGGGAAGCAGUACUGCACUUGUUGAAGACAUCACUUCUCUAGCAAAUUUGAGGAGCAAACAAUUCCAUAUCUCAGGAGAGGAAAGAAAAGGAAAGAGUUUUCCAAAAAAAGCUAGGAGAAGGUAGAAGUGUAAUGCUGUCUAAUUCUUUUCUUUAACCCUAUCAGUGACAAACUGUCUCUUGAAUUUAAUCUUUUGAAUAUGCCAUGCCAAGGACAAAACAUUGAAUUUAGAUAAUCUAUUGUUGGCAGAACCAAUUACAGUUUCAUAUUGGAGGGUAAAGGUCAGGGAUCAUAGGUAAAAAACAUUUUAAAAAUUUUCUUCCCCAUGAUGGGAUGAAAGAGGUGAAUAAAUAGGAUGAUAACUACCUCAAGAAAGGGUGUUUUUAAGAGCUCAAUUGUAAUAUAUAUAUUUUUAGAACAUGAGACUGGAAAUAAAUAUUUUAUAAAGUAUGUCAGAACAUAUUUAUAAAAAUAUGUUCUGAUGAGUUUUGUUUUCUCUUGUUUGUAAUUGUACUUAUAAUUAGUCUCCAACUUUCAGGUUAAGUGAUUUUCUUUGGCAAGCUGUAAAAUGUGAGUGUCUACUCAUCAGAUAAAAUGACCUUGUAAGAAUCUCCAAAUACAAUGCCUUGAAAAUCUCCCAGGUUUUGGAAGAGACUUUUAAAAAAAUCAAGAAACUUUAGUUUUGGAAUUCAAGUCAAGACAUAGAUUAAUUGUCACCUAAAACUAAUCUACAGGAUUUUUUUAUUGCAGCAUUAUGCUGAAUAUUAUGAAGCAUCAUGCUUGUUUCAGUCUUGCUUAGAUAUUAUUUUCUGUGGUCUUCUAGUAAUAAGCUGAAAUGUUUUUUAAUUGACCUCAAGCCAGAAUGUUUUUUACAGAAAGACCAGGUAAACACCUUCAUAACAGCUUUGUAUUUAGGAUAGAUUUUGAAAUAGUGUAGUGUAAUUUAUCUUUGUAGAUAAAACUUUAAAAGAUUGAAUCACUGUUUUCUGUCCUUGAAAUUAUAUUUGUUAAAAAUAAUAACACCAGUACAAUACAAAGCACUACAUUAAUUCCAAUAGUGAAUUAAGGCUAGGGAUAGGAACAGGAAUUGUACUUGAUUUUAUUGCUGUAGAACUCUUCUUGAAUGAGGAAACUCCUCCUACCAAGGUAGAAAAUUGCAAAUCAUCUUUGCAAUUUAGUCUUAAGAACGUUGCUUAGAGCACUGAGAAAUUAAGUGACUUGCCCAUAGUUGCAAAGCAGAUAUGUUAUCAGACUUGAAUCCAGGUCUUCCUGACUCCAAAGCCAGCUCUCUACCCACUACAAUAGAUUGUCUUUAAAUAAAAUUUAAAAGCACAUAUCUUGACAACUAAGACUAGACUCUAGGUCCCCAGACAGUCUAGGGGUCUUUUUAUGUUGGGUUAAAAGGGAUCUAAUUAAUGUUAAAGCUCAGUGUUCAUUCCCUAAAAUUUUUUUCUAAUAUUUAUCAGUUAAGUGUAAGAUUUAUGUUCUCGUUCACAAAUGUGCUGUUCUUCCAACAUCAGAAGUCAUUUUGGAAAAUAUUGAUGGGAGCAAGGGAAGCAGGAGACUUAUGACACUAUUUUAGCUCAUCUGUUGGGGUAGUGGAUAGAGUAUUGAUCCUGGAAUCAGAAAGGAUCAUCUUCCCGAGUUCAAAACUGGCCUCAGACACUUAACUAGCUGAGUAAUUAACCCUGAGCAAAUCCCUUAAGCCUGUUUGCCUCAGUUCUUAAUCCGUAAAAUGAGAUGGAGAAGAAAAUGGCAAACCAUUUCAGUGUCUUUGCCAAAAACAUUCCAGUUGGGGUCAUGAAUAAUUGGACCUGUUGACUGAAACAACUGAACAACCACAAUUAAGUGCAUCAUCAUGGCUUAAGGAUAUUUGACUGUGACAUCACUCUUUGGCAAUAGAGAUUAUCUGGAAGGGAAUAAAGUAGGGCUGAUUUUUUGUUGGGUUGUGUAUUAAUUUAGGGUAGAAAUAAUAUCUGAUUUCCAUCAUUGAAUGUGUUCUUAAUUGUGUGUGUGUGUGUGUGUGUGUGUGUGUGUACCUGUGUUCUAUGAAAGUUAAAACUGUAGUUACACUAGUUCAAAAUCAGCUUGUAACUAAUGCAGUUAACAUAUCAAGACCGUAUUUAAAAACUGAGAGAAAAGAAAAACAAACAAUAUUAUUAGUUCGUUAUAACUCUUAACUGAUAGCAUUUAAAAAUUCAUGAUUACCUAGCACUAUGUUUAAGGUAUUUAGGUUUAAAUGAAUUCAGCAGCAAAUACUGAAGUUCUUUGACUAAGGUAAUUUUCAGUCUUUAAACAUUAUUUAAAAUGAUUUUAUUCUGACUCUUCAGUUUAAGAAGACAAGAAAAAUUUGAGGAAGAUUUAAGUAUGGUUAAUAUUUUAGAAAUCCUUGUAUCAUAUAAAUCUCCUGCUUCUCUGAAUUUUUUAUAUUUAUCAUUUUUAUGAAACAGUGCUAUUCCAUUUUAGUCAUGUACCACAAUUUAUUUAGUAUUCCCUACUCAAUUCAUAGGCAUCUACUUUGCUUUCAUUGCUGCCACAAAAAGUGCUGCUGUGAAUAUUUUGUUAUAUACGAGGCCUUUUUCCUUGACUUGUUGAAUAUGCAGUAGGACCUUUGGAUCAAAAGAUAAGGAAAUUUUACUUUUUUUCUUUAAAGCAUGCAAAUUAUUUUCCAGAAUGAUUUGGAACAAUUCACAGCUCCACUAACAGCAAUUUAACAUGUUCAUUUUUCAAUAAUCUCUCCAAUAUUUGCUUUUUCCAUCUUUGCCAAUUUCCUGAAUAUGAACUAAAACAUUCAGACUAGUUUUGAUUUGAUUUCUCUUACUAGUGAUUUGAAACAAUCUUAUGUGAUUUGUAGUUUCCAAUUUUUUGGAGACUAUUGGUUUAUAUUCUUUGGCCACAAUCCAAUCCAUUGUGAAAUGGUUUUUGGCCUUAUGAUGUAUUUGUUAUAUACAUAUCUUAUAUAACAGGCUCUUACAGAUAUUUGCUACAAAGCUUUUUUUUUUCUUGUUAACAGCUUCUUUUUCCUUGUUGCAUUAAUUUUGUUUGUAAAAAAAGCUUUUUAACUUUGUGUAACUGAAAUUGUUUUAUUUUUUGUAAAAAGCUCCUUUAUAGCUUAAAUAGUAAAACUAGUUUAAAGAAUGCUUUGCAAGAUACUCAACCAGGCAGAAUCAAGGGCAUUUAAGGAUGAAAAUGAAAAGACUACAAACAAAAGACUACAAGUCAUGGAAUGACUUGCAAAAACCUUUCAAACAAAUUUUUCUUAUCAACAAUAUAAGAAAUGCCAUUUAGUUUUUAGAUUUGGAUUCUAACAGCAGGAUCUCAGUGUUUGUGGAGCAGUUAGAAACAACACUGAGGGGAACAAAAUGAGGAAAGUAGACAGAUUGGACCUAUUAUAUGUAGAGAGAUCUGUAUUGGAUAUAGUAUGAUCACGAGGGAGGGUGUGACAGGCUGCAGUAUAUCUCCAGUGAGGAACUCUGAAGAGCAGAAAUAAAACAUGUCAUCAAGACAUGGUGUGAUAGAGAUGGCCUGGUCAUGUGGAAAGAGUGAAGAAUGACAAAUGAUGGGUAGGAUGCUCCACUGUUUUCUUCCUGAUGUCAGGAGAAAGUGAGAAAGUCCUUCAGUAUACCUACUUAGUAAAAUGUUAGAAAGGGACUAACUUGACCACUAGGCUAGAUUGUGUCAUUAGGGCAAAUAUUAUCUUGAUUUUAUAUAGGUGAAAUUGAGGCUAUUUAAGAAUUUAAAUGCCAGAAAUCACACAAGUUAAUAUAUGUAGGAGUCCAGAAUCCAUUCCAGGUCUUUACUAGCUCUCCUGUGGCUGCUCUCUCUCUCUCAUCCAUAGGCUUAUUAAAAGUUUCUAAACUUCAUAAUGAGGGGAAAUAUUACUGCACUGUUACCAUCCAAAACCAACACAAAAUUUGGAUAUAAAUGACAAUUUUAUUGCAUAUUUGUGAGGUAUACAGUAUUGUUACAUAUUGAGGAAUAUAAGAAGUAUAUAAACCUUGCCUUCAAUGAAAUUACACUGGUUGAGCAGACAAGAUAAAUACAUGUCAAAUAAAAUUAAGCUGUGUAAGAGAUGUCAAAUAAGUACAUAGAUGCCAAAUGAAUGGAAAGAUGUUAAGGAUUGUAGGAAUUGAAAGAAGAGGUCAUGAUGAAUUGGAGUUGUCAAGGAAAACUUUGCUGAAAGGAUAAUAGUUAACCUGGACCUUGAAAAGUAUGUAGGUUCUGAAUGGUUGAAGGAAAGAAAGCAUUUCAGAUUUUAUAAUAGUGAGAAGGGAGUGGGAUGAGAGAUGUAGUGAUUUUAGCAUAUGGAGGGCCCCAGAAUUUAUAUGCUGUAUAUAAUGGGAAACCAUUAUUCAGGUGAUUUAGAGUGGGAGGUGCCAUGAUGAAAGGGAUGUUUUAGUAAAGUUAAUCUAUAAGGUGAAUUGGGAAAGGAGCAAAGGUGGAAGCGGAAAGACCCAUGAGGAAGCAGUAGAUAUAAUUGAACCUUGAAUGAAAUGGGGAUAGUGAUAAGAAAAAGAUCAAGUAGAUUUGAUUUCUUUUGGGUUAUGGGAUUAAAGGAGUGAAGUUUAUGGUGGUGUUUAAUGUGAUAAUCCUAACAAAUGGGGAAGCAAUGGGGCAGAAACCAGGUUUUAUAAUUUAUAUAUAUAUAUAUAUAUACGUAUAUAUAUGUAUAUAUA